AGUCAAAUAUUCCAAGGUUCCAAGAUCUACCUAUGUAUGCGAGAUCUAGCCGUCCUUGGCUAAGCCCCUCUCAGAAUAGCAUAUCUUGCGAGUAUAAACCGCAAGAAACCUACCUCAACUUUUGAUUGCAUCCCCCGAUGCCGGACUCGUGCGCUUUAGAGUACAUACGUAAGAGUAGGACAGCUGAGGAAUAAUACUUCACGGAACGGAACCAAUUGGGGUGAUCGCGCCAUAGAAUCGGACUGCAUCGACCUCUGCUAUUUACAAUUGUGCACCGGCCGCGGAGCUCUUACGUAUAACUGGGGUUGCAUUCAUUGCAAUAUCUCGACAGCAUCCAAUGUCCAGAGUCCCGGGAGCUCUCUGGCGCAACCUCCUUGCCAUUCAAGUAUAUGGCGCCAACACAGGUGUAGGCAAGACCGUCGCUUCUACGCUGCUGGCAAAGCACUUCGCGCAGAGACCCGAAAAAUGGAAAGUGUCUUACACUAAGCCUGUAUCUACGGGCCCGGAAGACGAGGAGGACGAGAGGUACUUGAGACGAUAUGCCUCGGGAGUGGCUGUCUCGACGCUGUUCAAGUACGAUGAAGCUGUUAGUCCUCAUCUUGCUGCCGCCAGGAGUCGAAGAUCUAUUCCCAGCGACGAUAAAGUUAUCCAAGCGCUCUAUUCCCACCUGCAGGAAGAUGCAAGACUUUUCUCAGAGCAAUCGUCCAAAAGAGGAGGCUUCACCAUGGUAGAAACCGCCGGAGGAGUCCUAAGCCCCGGUCCCUCUGGUACCCCGCAAGCCGAUCUGUAUCGGCCACUACGCCUACCAGUUCUCCUGGUCGGAGACCAUCGCCUCGGUGGCAUCUCAUCUACCAUUUCCGCAGUAGAAUCUCUGCUUCUCCGUGGCUACGAUAUCGACGCCGUGGUCUGCUUCGAUGACAAGGGCAAGUAUGAGAACUUCGGAUACCUGGGCCCCUAUUUCGAGAAACAGCAAAUACCCGCGUUCAGGUUACCUUGGAUUCCUGACGUUGAGGGACGUCCCAUUGAAGAGGAACGGGCUAUGAUGAGGGAGUACUACGAUCGAUCCUGUACCCAUUCCGAAGUCGCAAGGACGGCGGAAGAGCUCCUAAAUCGACGGGACAAACGCCUGGACAACCUCAACAGUAUGGCGCAUAGAACGAGAAAGACCAUCUGGCACCCCUUCACACAACACAAGAGCAUAAAAAAUGACGAAGAAAUUCUUGUAUUUGACAGUGCGUACGGGGAUUACUUCCAAGCGAAGCACACGUCCAAGUCAUCAACGUCCAAAGACACAAACGAACCAGUUCUCCAUCCCGCAUUCGACGGCUCAGCAUCCUGGUGGACCCAAGGACUCGGCCAUGGCAAUCCGAAACUGUCUCUCGCUGCUGCGUAUGCAGCGGGUAGAUACGGACACGUCAUGUUUGCCGGCGCUACGCAUGAUCCGGCCUUAACGCUGGCCGAGAGCCUGAUAGAAGGGGUCCAGAAUCCACGACUCACCAAGGUUUUCUACAGCGACAAUGGCAGCACGGCUGUCGAAGUCGGUAUCAAGAUGGCUCUGCGAGCCGCUUGCAAGAGAUAUGGUUGGGAUGGUUCGACCGAGGAGAUUGGUGUUAUAGGCCUCAAGGGGAGUUACCAUGGUGAUACUAUUGGUGCCAUGGACGCUUCGGAACCGUGCGUGUAUAACAAGAAAGUAGAUUGGUAUCGCGGCCGGGGAUAUUGGUUUGACUUCCCGUCCGUCAAAAUGAGAGAGGGCAAGUGGAUUGUGGAGGCUCCGGCUGGCAUGGAGGAACAGUUCGGGCCCGCGAAACAGUUCGGUGACUUGAACGAGAUCUUCGAUUUCGACGUGAGAGGAUCUUCUCAGCAAUACAAGAAUUACAUCCGGGAGACUUUGGAUCGGCUGGUAAAGACAGAAGGGAAGAAAUUCGGCGCCCUGAUGAUGGAACCCCUCAUUCUCGGUGCCGGCGGUAUGCUCUUUGUCGAUCCCCUUUUCCAACGCACGCUCGUCGAGAUCGUCCGCUCCUACACCUUCUCCCCUGCCACCCCAACCUCAACCCCAGCAGACCCCCACUCCUGGACCGGCCUGCCCAUCCUCUUCGACGAAGUCUUCACCGGCCUCUACCGCCUCGGCCGCUUCACCGCUGCGUCCUUCCUCCGCACCCAGCCGGACAUCUCCGUAAACGCCAAACUGCUGACUGGUGGUUUAUUACCGCUGAGCGUCACGCUCGCCAGCGACAGCAUCUUCGCUGCGUUCCUGGGCGAUGAGAAGGCUGACGCCCUGCUGCAUGGUCACAGUUAUACCGCGCACCCAAUUGGAUGUCACGUUGCCAAUACUUCGUUGACAGCGCUGGAGAGGCUUUCCAAGGGCGAGACGUGGGCUCAAUAUCGGAGCUCUUGGGUUCCGGCUUCCAGUGCAGGAGGGGAAGUUGAUUCUGCGCUACGAAACCAGGACGAGCGUUUUGGAGCUUGGAGCAUGUGGACGAAGUCAACCGUGACAAGACUGUCUCAUCACCGUAGGGUGGAUAGCGUUAUUGCUCUUGGAUCCGUUCUCGCGGUUGCACUGAAGGAUGAAGAGGGCGCGGGAUACACUUCCAACGCGGCUAUCGGAUUGAGAGACGCCUUGUUGAAUGAUAUUGGAGAGGACGGAAUGAGCAUCCAUUCAAGAGUGCUUGGCAACGUUCUUUACCUCAUGGCCAGUAUGACCACAGAGCCCGUCCACUUGACCGCGGUGGAGAAGGCGCUGUUGGAAAAGUUGAACAAGGCGUCCGUGGCAUAAUGACUCAUGAUGGGCGGCAAAGAUUGGUUCAAGAUAUGGAUAUAUAGU